GACUUGGUUAUUUCGUUUCGUAGGGGUGGUUGGUUAUAUAUAGAUAGAUAGAUAGAUAGAUAGAUAGAUUCAUCAAUCUCAUUGUGGGAGCAUGGAAAUUGCUCCUUUCCUUUCCCUUGCUCGCUCGCUCGCUCGCUCACUCUGGUAAGUAAGGGUAACUAACUAGAGCCUUCUGAAACGACCUGUUUCCCUACUUUUUCUUAAUACAAUAGGAAAAUUAUCAUUAUUAUUAUUAUUAUGUCAUGUGAGUUAUUAUUAUUAUUCAAAGCAAACGCGAUAGAUAGGAGAGAAUCCAAAUAAGUCCAACAUACAGAGACACAGGGAGGGAGGGUUACUGGCUGAUUCUCUGCUCUUCCAAUCAAAGUCUUCUGUGUUGUUGGAAGGCAUCUCUCUCCUUUUUGCUAGAUGGAUCUGUUGUGGAAGAUUAGCGCGAUACGAUGAGUGCGUCAACCCAAAGAGCAGGAAAUAUUUUCUCUUUUUCUCUCCCCUGAUAUGUUACCGUGGCAUCAAAAUAAAGUGGAUUGUUUUUAUCUGGGGAUAAUGGUAUUUUGAUCUUUAAGAAUGAAUGAAUGAAUGAAUGGGGAAUAAGUGAGCAAGUUGCCCAAAAACUAAGGGGGAAUAAUCGUUUUGGCUAAACGCCCCCCACCCCACCCCCUCCAAAAAAAAAAAAAAAACAGAGAGAGAGAGAUGGUUUGCAAAUCUCUUUAGUUUAGUUUAGUUUAAUUUGUGUGUGUGUGUGUUAUGGCUCUUCUAGAAAAGAAAAAAGAUGAGAGGCAGAGGCCAUAAGCUUUGCCUUUCGGUAUUUGUUGAGGCAUCUGAAAUAUUAUUAAUGGGUAAGUCUGUACCGUCUGACGACUUGGGAUCUAAUACCCCCACACCCCAUCUAAAUCUAAUGGUGAAAUGAAAUGCGCAACAAAAUCAAAAUCCACUUGCUUAUUAUAAUUAAUAAAAACUAUGAACCAAUUUUUUUUUAGUUGACAGGUACUGUGAGAGUCUGCAACUCCCAAAAUCCUUACUCCUUUUGUUUGGCUAGGAAUACAAACUUCAAAUUUGUAUUGUUUGACAGAAUCAGAUCGGUCAAUCCAUGUCCAUGCAUUGGCUUCAUCACAAUUCCCUGGAAUUCUCCUCUUGAGUAAGUUUAGUUUAGUUUAGUUUUGAUCUGAUUUGAUUUGGGAAGAAGAAAAGUGGCUUUUUUCUUGUCAAUCUAGCACAUAUAGCAUGAUCUUCGCUCGCACCUGCAGGAUCUUAAUUGAGCACAUCUCGAUGGUAACCCUAGGCCUAGCUAGCUUGUGUAAAAAUAAUAUUCAGCAACUUGAGGUAUACCAGACCCCACCAGGCCAACAUCUCCCUUUCCUCUAUUACUACUCCUACUCUUACUAAGAGUAGUAUAUAAGGGAGCAAGGCAUGGCAAUUUCUUUGUCAGCUCAGUGCCAAAGUUUCUCCCUCUUGGCUACUAGGUAGGUUGUUCAAUAGAAUAGAGUCAAUUCUUGUCAUAUGGCUUCUACUUCUCGUACCUCUUACAGUGACUCUACUUGGUCCCCACUGGAGAACAAGAAGUUCGAAGAGGCACUGGCUCGAUAUGACAAGGACACCACGGACUGUUGGCACAGGAUUGCCAAGGCUGUGGGUAGUAAAACUAUCGAGGAAGUGAAGAGGCACUACGAGCUCCUUGUGAAGGAUGUGAAGAGGAUCGAAUCGGGCAAAGUCCCUUUGCCCAACUACCAGGGGACUGACAGCGACGAUGAUGCUGCUGCUGAUAAUGAUGAUGAAUGGUAGGGAUAAAAAUGCUGCAGCCCCAGCGAUCUUUGUGAUUGCUUUAUGGAGAUGCUGACUAUCAAAAGGCUUAAGCGAGACGAGCAAAUGGAUCUCUUCUAGUCAAAAAGACGCGUUAAGAAGAUGAUUAAAAAAAAAAAAAAGUUAGUACUUGUAAAUAAAAGAACCGGAUGUGGGGGUGGGUAGUGAAUCCACAUUAUGCGUCUUACGUUUAAUUACCACUUAAAUUAAUUAAGCUCGCUAGUCUGAUGUGUUAUGAAGCUUAUAAAUGUUCAGUCUGCACUCAAAAGUAUGUGUAUGUGUGUACUUUAUUAUAAAGGUAAUGAAUAUAUGGAAGAAAUUUGGUCCUUC